GGGUGGGGUGGGGGGGGGAAAGCGGAGGGAGGGGUCCUCCGGCCUGGGGUCCCGCCGAGCAUCAAUCAUGCGGGGCUGCCCGGGAGUUGCUGCUGCUGCUGCUCGGCCUGCAGGAUCGAAGUAGGAGGACACAAUGGAUUUGGUGACAGGGAUGGACGUUGGCGCUGAAAUCGAAGUGACCGAAGAUGGAGACCUGGAUGAAUUGCCUCUGCGUUUGGAAAACGUCCAGAAUUGCCUCUGCUUGGAAUCCGUGGACAUCUCCAGCAGCGAUGACGAUGGAGAAUCCCAUCUGACCUUCUUCUUGCCCGUCAGACGGCCCCCGCGCCCCGCCCAGCGCCGUUCGGUCCACCGCCCCACCGCCACGGCGAAACUGUCCGCUCCUGAAAAAUGGAUCCCUCCUUUGUUCUCUUGCCCUUUGCGCCCCGGAGGUCCGCUCCUUCCUGGAAUACCAGCCUUCGGUGCCUACCAGUGCCAGAAGUGCCUGCAGGUCUUCAUGGAGGAAUGGCACUACACCCAGCACCUCCAGGACCACGCUCAGGAGGAGGAGCAGCAGCUGGCCCAGCUGCACGCAGCCCAGAACCCCAUCCGCCCUCCGUCCCCACCCCGUAAGCUCCGCUGCUUGGAGUGCGGCAAGCGGUUCCUGCGCCCGGAGCAAUUUGCACGGCACACCAAGUGGCACCUGAAGCUGGUGCGUCUGGGCAUCAAAAUCCAUCACAGGAAGGUAAGUCGGCGCUCUUCCCAAGUUCCGUAUGUUUACAAGCCACUUGGCGGCACCAGGAACCCCCUAGAAGGAAAAGAUGUUUCUGACCUCCCGGUCGUGCAGGAGAUUCUUAGCCAGCCAGCCAGCCUGCAGGUCCCCAGGCCUCAAAGGACGGGCAAGCGGAAAGCCGUCAAGCAUCAGAAGACAAGGAGCGCUGAGACGUGGCCGCCUCAGGAGGUGCUCAACUCCACCCAAGCCGGGAACUCCAUGGCCGUCCUGGAUGGGGCCACCGGGAUCAACCUCCUGCAGCCUUGGCAGAAGCAGGAAGGAGUCCUGGAAGGCCAGGUAGCCGGGGGUCUCUUCCAACCGGCGGUCAUGAAUGCCGAAAACCAGAUCAUCAUUCUGGACGGUGACGAGGCAGAGGCUGUGCCUGUCGCCGCCGAGCGCCAUUACGCCGAGCUGCAGGCCACCGUGUUUGACGGCCAGGGGACCACCAGCACGGUGCAGCCGGUGUUCCUAAGAACCGAGGAACAGACGGCCAUCUUGGAUCCUCCAGUUAGCACCAAUCCCCUGCAGGCUGGCGGAGACAAGGACCAGGCGGCCGCCGGCCCCGAGUGGGUCGGCCAGAACCCAUGCACCGUUUACCGGACGGUUCUGCUGCAAGCGGACGAUCAGGCGACCGUCGUGGACGGCCAAACGGAGCCCGGUCCUUUCCAGCAAGUGAUCAUCAAGACUUCUGAAGUCUCCCCCACGCUCUACCUGGAUCCUCAGAUGUCUUCGCUGGACCCAGCCGCCUUCCAUUUGGUCCCCGAGCCUCAAUACGUCAGCUUCCCUUAUGGGAAUUCCCUGCCUCUGGACCACAGCGAGGCCACAGAUGAAGGAGAAAAGGCCUGGGAGUCGCAGGAGGCUAGCUUCUGCUUGCCCAAUUUGUACCAGGCAAGCAAGCAGCAGCAGCAGCCCUCUCCCGCCGUGACCACCAGUCCCAGAAGUCCGGUGAUGAUGCGACUGUUGCCUUGCCCUACAGGGGACCAUCCCGAGGUCUUGGACCUGGAGUACGACACCGGGGGUGGCAUUCCGGUGGCCUCGGAGCCAUGGGACGUCAAUGUGCACGCCGAGCAAGAGACCCCCAGCCCCACCCAGGCAGCCGAAGAUGGCUUCAUUGUGGUGGAGAUGGAGAGCGAGUCGGGCCAGCAAGGCUUGGUGGUGGGCGAGCACCAUGACCGUCCCCGGCAACGGACCUUCCGGCGAGCCAGAAAGCCACCCCUUCUCAACGGCAGCAUCUGGCGCUUUAAGUGCCCCGACUGCGGGGUCUGCUACAGCCAGCACUCCCAGUUGCGCUCGCACCAGAAGGGGCGCAAACGCCGGGGAAGGAGCUUCCUGUGCGAAUGCGGGUCUCCCUUCCGCGGCCUGCUCCACCUGCUGCGCCACCAGCUCCAGCACCUGGAGGAAGCCCUCUUCAUUUGCUCGACCUGCGGGAAGUCGCUCCAAGGACACGCCGGUUUGCAAAGGCACAACUCCUGCCAACCCGGCUUGGCUCGUUUCAGCUGCCCUUGCGGCGUCAACUUCCGACGUUUGUCCCGUUACCUCUGGCAUCACGUCAGGAGCCAGCGGCCCGGCUUGCGAGUGUACACCCUCGCAGGUUUCCUCUCCUCCAACUGAGCUGGGUGGGCAGGUGGGGCCGGCUGAAGGGCAGGACGGGAGGGGGAGCAUUUGGAGGAGAUCGGUCGGGGCCCGUUCGCUGAUUGUUGCUGUCUGAUGUUUGUUUAGUUUCCCCCAAUGUAAUUAAUAUAAAGAUGGUAAUUAAAAGAGCUGAGAUCCUGA